UGUACCAGAAUCUCAAGGCCAGCGAUUCGGCCACCAAGAUCCAGACUAUCUGGCGUGGACAUCGUGCGCACAAGGCCUUUGUCAAAGACAUGCGCGGCGUUAUCAUAGUGCAGAAUCUGUGGCGUGCUAAGGUGGCACGUCGCAUACACAGGAAUUUGAAG